CAUUAACUUUAACCACAGCAAUUUUGACAUGAGUACCAUUCUUCUGCAUGUAUCUUUUCAGUGUAGAGUUUUGCGUCUGGGCUUGUAUUUGUACCACACGAUUGCCAGUGCCAACCUCAACAUGGUCAACACGAAGGUCUUCGUUCUGAAAAGCCCGGCUUCCACCACCAUUCACUGGAGUGGGUUCAAACACCUUGAACUUUGUACUUUCAUGGCCUUUUCAAGCACCUUCUAUACAGUGGACUGGAUACCGCUCAUGUUGCUUUUCAAGUGGUGAAAUGAGUGACGGUCUUGGUGAAAAUAAGUGCUUGAUUCUGUAGCAAGCUUGUAGGGGUGAGGAAACUGAUUGAUUGAAAUGAAGACAACAUAGCAGAACGAACUAGCACCAACCAGAUCACCAUAACAGCCGCAUGGCUCCAGUUCAAACACCAAACGGAUGACAACUAACCCCUCAACAUCCCUGCCUUAUAACCUCCGGGUUAGGAGCAAGACUAUACCCGGACGACCACGAGCUCGAAGUGAGUCAUCGUUAUCCUCCAUCAAUCCUGAUCCUCCCCCUACGGACCGUCUGCUUAGGAAUAACCAUCCAGCCAC